AGAGUGGAACUAUGUGCAGCGGCAGUAGCAGCAGCAGCAGCCGCAGCAGCACUCAAGUGAAAUGUCGCCGCAAUGGCGUCGCCUCAGCGCCAUCACUCAGUCUGGGCCUUUGGCUAUUGCCGGUGUUGUUGGUGUUGCUGGCGUGGCAGCAGCAGCCAUGUGAGGGACGUUAUCUGCCGACAAGGUCACAUGGCGACGAUUUGGAUAAAUUGCGAGAGUUAAUGUUGCAGAUUCUGGAGUCCAGCAAUGAGGAGCAACGCCCACCCAAUGAGUCCAAUGGCAAUUCACUAGCACAGCGUGCUUCCUGGUUGAAUAAGUUGAAUGGCGUUGAUGGGAUGGAUACGCCUCGAAAGUAUGGCCCACGCGGUGCCUAUGACAAUGGACGCUACUAUUAAAUUAAAGCAGAUCAGUUAUAUUAAAAAAAAAAUAGCAGAACGAAAGAGUGAAUGAGAGGAACUUACUUAUUGGUUAGUUAUGGAAAGCUUAGAAGAGAAUUGAAGCGCAAACAAAAGAUAACGUAAAAUAAAGUAGGCAGUGCUCUUAAACGAACUGAAGUAAUUGUCUGUGGAGUUAUGAAAAUAGCAUCGUCAUGAAAGUUACUCAGUAAUAGUUAUCCGGAGCGACAUCUACAAACCGAGAAUAUAGGCUUUUCAUUAAUUUAGUAAGAUAAAAAACAUGUUCUGCGAAAAAACUAAAAAGUGGCGUUUUGCUUUAAAACCUUUCACAUACGAUUGAAGUUCAACGAGAAUGAGCUUUUACUUAUAUUUAUGGAAAAAUGUCAAAAUAAAAGCACUUCACAAACUUUA